AUGGCGUCGUGGGUCUGCUUUAGAUGUCUGGUGUUGCUCUUGUUCCAGGCCGCAGUGGCGGUGGCCGACUGGGACAUCACGGUAACGAGUACGUCGAGGAGCCAGGGGAAUCAGGUGGACUUUGAGGUCAAUGCGAAGACCUUUGAGAUAGCAAGAACUGGUCGUGGUGUGAAUCUGGCCACGGUGAACAUCGCAGAUGGUUCACUCAGCAGUUUUCACCUCUUCGACACCCAUGCGGAUGGCUCGGAGGCCCUGGUGUCCUUCAUUGAUACCCUGCCUGCUGGAACGCUGGUCCUAAUGGCCGUACGCGAUGAUGCUCAAAGCAACAUGACUCGAGCGGCCAAAGAUGCCAUCAAGACUUGUGGGGCACAACUUAUCGACAGCCUCUCCUAUCGUGGUUCCUAUGCUCUCAUUGGUGUCAAGGGCGGCGCUGCUCUUGAUGAGAAGACCUUUCCGGAUGGCACGAUUGCCGUAGCUUCUGCAACUUACAGCUCUAAAACAUCUUUCAAUAUUAUGGUCACAAGCACCUCCAGGAGCAAUGGCAACCAAGUCGUCUUCGAGGUCCAGGGCCGGAACCUCACGGACCUGGACAUAGCACGUGGCCUCAACGUGGCGGUGAUCACGCCGGCUGGCUUCCUGGACAGCUUCCACGUCUUUGAUACCCAUGCGGCGGGUUCCGAGGCUUUCACAAGCUUCGUGCAGUCCCUGCAAAGCGGCACCCUGGUCCUCGUCGCCGUGCGCGACGAAGCCCACGGCAACAUGAGCUCCGCAGCAGUGGAUUCGAUGAAGCUUCUGGGGACCAUGAAGAUCGAAAACUUGGUCUACCGUGGAUCCUAUGCGCUCAUUGGAAUCAAAGACGGCACGGCGAUCGCAGAAGAGACGUUUCCAGAUGGAACUGCCUCAGUGGCCUCGGGAUCAUACAGCUCCUACAUCACUGUGAGAUAUGACGUCCAGGUUAGUAGUACCUCAAGGAGCAACGGCGAUACGGCGGCAUUUCAGGUGGACGGAGAACAAAUCGAUGUGCAAGCGCAUCGCGGAUUGAACGUGGUCUUGCUCACGCAGGAGGGCGCUUUGGACAGCUUCCAAAACUUUGAUACACAUGCCGCUGGCUCUGAGGCCUUCGUUUCCUUCGUGGGAGCGUUGCCCAGCAACCGGCUGGUGCUGCUGGGCAUCCGAGACGAAGCACAGAGCAACAUGAGUAGUGCUGCUGUCUCCGCCAUGAAGCAGUUGGGCGCCACCAAAAUUGACAACCUGCCCUACCGCGGUUCCUACGCCUUGAUCGGCGUCAAAGAUGGUCCCGCUUUGGCGGAGGAGGUGGGCGCGGACGAUGAAGAUUCGGUGGCUACAGCGACCUAUAGUGCAGAGCUUCCCAGGAUCUGGAUCCCUGGCCUAGCUUCGACCACCGGACAAGCCACAGGUAUCACUACAACAGCUGCAACCACCACAACCAGCACGAUUCCUUUCUGUGCAAUGAUGACUUGCCCUGCCGAAAGUGUGCUCAUCGUAGCUGACAUGUGGACGUUGCGAAGCGAGGACAGCGCGGUGUGUUGUCGAGCCGCCGAGAAGGACAUGGCGAACGUGGGCGUGCGCAGCGCCGGCUACGCGGACGGCAACGAAGCGGUCUUCUAUGCCAAUGGCGUGGAGUUCUACCGCGCGCCCAGUCGCGGCUUGACGGUCCUGACGCUGCGCCAGGAUGGAACGCGCAAAGAUUCGGCCACCUUCGACACCAUGGGAGACGGUUCAGACGCCCUUGCGGCCUAUGUCAACAGCAUCGAGGAUGGCACUCUGGUGCUCAUUGGCGCGCGGGAUGAGGCGUCCAGUAAUCUGACCAGCACUGCGAUCAGCGCUUUGGAACAUCUGGGCGCCACGAAGAUCCGAGACUUGUCCUUCCGCGGGAGCUAUGCCCUGGUGGCGGUGAAGGGAGAGCAAGUCGCCAUGGUCCGCUGGUUGUAG